UAUAGACUUAUAUUAAAAAUAUUAAGAUAUAAUAUUAAAUCAUGUUUACUGAUUUCUUUAAUUUUUUUGUGUUAAAUUACUUAUAUAACCUAUAAAUUUGUCAGUCAAAUAAUAUGGCAACUUGGAUUACAGUGACACCGCGGCUUGAACAAGGUUUGAAAAUAGCAAAUCAGAUAGACAACAGUAAAUUUCGCUUGUUAAUAAAUCGUAUUUGUCAAACACUUCAAUCCAGUGUUAAUUCAAAAAUAUUCAAUGAAGAAGAAGAAGAAAAACUAUUAAUUUCUUUGGAUUUAAAUAAAAAUGAUUUAGUUUGUCUUUUAGACACAAUAAUAUUAAUUUAUAAACAAGCUGCUUGCAAUAUUGUAAAACCACAAUUAAUGGAAAGUACUUUAAAGAAUACUUUUAAAACAGAUGAUGAUAAAUGUUUAAUAUUUUUAAAUGCAUGGUUUACCUAUGGUAAAGGAAUAAUUGAUCAUUUUAGACAAAUGUCUAUAUUUCCUGUUCAGGUUAAAGAUAUCGAUUGGAGUUUAAAUAUUCAAGCUGCAUCUUCAAGUAUUAAAAAGGAUGUGCGACCAAUGGCAUUAUUGCAAUUAAAUUUAACAGGAGAAGACGAAUCUAAAUUAACAUUGGAAUUUGAUAAAAAAGAACUCAUAGAUUUAUAUCAUAAUUUAGAGAGAAUACAAUCACAAUUGGAUGCUUUUAAAUAAUAGAAAUUUGAGUAUUCGGUGUACGUGUGUUUGCAUCAAAGACAAUCAUGGGGAUCAGAAACAAGCUGCAAUGAUGUUUUCGUAUUAUUAUUUAUUUAAAGAAAUGGUUUACAAUGCCGGAGAGACUGACACUCAAACGCGCACGUACGAUCCACCGAUCACAUCUCGGUGCAGAUUCUUGAAUUGUUGGAAACUUAACAAUAACUCAAUGGCACACGAAGGUGAUGGUCGAUCGAGUGACAGCAAUGAAAACGCAAUAUUAUCCGAAACGAAGAUAAAUAUCUCAAAUGGGGACGCUUAACAGUUAAGAAUUGUCUUAGCGUUAAUUUUAACACGUGGCUCAUUAUAUAUAAUGAGCAUCAGCAGUAUAAAGUGGAUAUCGUAGUAUUCUAAUAAAAAAAAAAAAAAAAAGAACCUGUUUCUUCGUGAAGUUUUUUUUUUUGUAAUGUCAUCGGCACGUUGACUUCUUGUUUAGCAACACGUUGGCUAUGGGAUCAGCCAACUGAUUCGUUAACGGUUCUGUAACGAGUCUAAUCGUUAUUAGCACACUGGAGUCUCUUAAACGAUUUAUUUCGCUUAACAAAUAAAUAUUCUUAAUCUUAAACGUUAAACUUCUUACGUGUAGUCUUUUUAAAUAAUUACUAGCUAAUGCGUCUCGAAUGCAACGUUACGUAUUAAAACGAACGAAGAACGCGAACGCUCUUUCCCUGGUUACUUGCAGCAGGGCAAUCUCUACUGCUGUUCGUCAAAUUAUCUUGAAUUAAUCAGAAUCACUUUGAAAAAACUUUCAAAUCCAUCGAUCUAUCGAGAAAGGAAGAGACAGAGAGAGAGAGAGAG